GUUAUCCAUUAUCCAUUCCCGUAAGACGAAAAAUUUCAUAUGGCCUUUUCGGAGACGAUUAUACUUGACAUUUGACCGGAUCGCGUUGCGCCUAUUUACGCUCAGAUUUGAAUCAUACGAGAAAAAAAAUAUUACACGCCCAUAUCGAAGAAAAGAGAGAGAAAGAUAGAAUUCGUAUAUUUCUAUAUCAAAUGUAUUUCUCGUAACCUUGCGGACGUAACCUUCAAGUGUGACAGUUUCAGCUUUGGCUUACGAGACAAUACGGCAUUUCUAUCACGGCUCUUUUACGGUCGAUAGAACGCGCGACAGAAUGCCGGUGCCAAAUUCUAUCAGCGUAGCCGUAAUAUGUUCUAGUAAUAUGAAUAGGAGCAUGGAAGCGCACGCUUUCCUAAGCAAAAAGGGAUUCAAUGUGAAAUCAUUUGGAACCGGUGACAAGGUCAAACUACCUGGAACUGCACCGGACCGCCCUAAUAUAUAUGACUUUGGUACUUCAUACGACGAGAUCUACAAUGAUCUUUUAAUGAAAGACAAACAAUAUUAUACACAGAAUGGUUUAUUACAUAUGCUGGAUCGGAAUCGUAGAAUAAAACCUAGACCAGAACGGUUUCAAUUAUCCAAGGAUAAAUUCGACAUUCUAAUUACAUGUGAAGAGCGCGUGUACGAUCAAGUAAUUGAAUGCAUGGAAUCUAGGACUAAAGAAGAUAAUCAACCUGUGCAUUUAAUUAAUAUCGAUAUUCAGGAUAAUCACGAAGAGGCUACAGUAGGAUCGUUUCUUAUAUGCGAACUAGUGACAGUGUUGGCGAAUAGCGAAGAUUUAGAUAAUGACAUAGACGAAUUACUCCAUGAAUUUGAGUCCAAAUUCGCGAGGACAAUAUUGCAUACCGUACUGUUUUACUGAAAGUCCGUUACCAUUACGAAAAUCAUCAGAAACCUGGUGUUCAUCGAACCUCAAGCUUAAUUAUAAGAAAAAUUAAAUUAUGUGUAUAACACUUAAAUAUAUAUAUUAUAUACCGCGUAUAUAGUCAUCCACCGGCUCGUGUGGAUUGAAUUCUGAUUGAACGGAGGAUUCCGUUUGUGCUUCCUACUUAAUGAAUGAUUAUUCUCGCGGAAUUGUACUGUC